GUUCCCCCUCCCACUUCUCUUCUACCACAGCAUACGUAACUCGAAUCAGGUGUUAUGACACAAAAACGUUUAAUAUUUUCCCUCUGAGAAAGCGAGUUAAAGUUUUCUACUUUGUACAAAAUCAUGUCGAUGUACAGGAACGCCGUGUGGUUUAUGAAAGGACUACAAGAAUACACCAAGAGUGGCUACGAGGCAGCUGCCAAGACUUUUGUGGCAUCCGACCUGGAUGUGAACUUGAAUGGUCGCGCCUUCCUGAUCACGGGGGCCAACAGUGGUCUGGGCAAAACCACCGCACAUGAGAUCGCGAGCAGAGGGGGAACUGUGCACAUGGUGUGUCGUAACAAAGAGCGAGCAGAAGCCGCCAAGCAGGAAAUUGUGGAGCUGAGUAAGAACCAGAAUGUUCACAUCCACAUUGUGGACAUGUCCAGUGCCAAACAAGUGUGGGAGUUUGCACAGAGUUUCUCACAGAGUAAUGACCUACACGUGUUGAUCAACAACGCAGGCUGCAUGGUCAACCAACGGGAGCUGACUGAGGAAGGUCUAGAGAAGAACUUUGCUACAAAUACCCUUGGCACGUACAUUCUCACUACUGCACUUCUACCUGCUCUGAAGAAGGCUACGGAUCCCAGAGUGGUGACGGUGUCAUCGGGCGGCAUGCUGACGCAAAAGCUAAAUGUGGACGACCUGCAGUUUGAGAAGGGUGCCUUCGAUGGAACCAUAGCCUACGCUCAGAACAAAAGGCAGCAGGUGAUACUGACAGAGAGGUGGGCCGCGCAGCACAAAGACAUCCACUUCUCCUCCAUGCACCCGGGAUGGGCCGACACACCGGCCGUGCAGUCAUCCAUGCCAUCCUUCCACGCCAAGAUGCAGAACAAACUCCGCACGGAGGCCAUGGGGGCUGACACGGUGGUGUGGCUGGCCGUGUCCGAGGCUGCCGCCAAGCAGCCCAGCGGACUCUUCUUUCAAGAUCGGCAUGCUGUGGCCACACACCUCCCGCUGGCCUGGUCCAAGUCCACCACGCAGGACCAAGACAAGCUCCUGGCGGCACUCCACGACUUGGCGCUAAGGUUCAAACCUUGAUGUUUUUUUUAAAUCAUUUUUAAACACUCCACAAUUAUGUUUACAUUAUCUCAUGCUAAUUAUAAGAUAUCAAAAAUGAGAUUAUCAUAUUUUUAAAUUGUGUAUUUGCAGCGAUGCUGUUAUGGUUUAAUCCGUUGUUGAUUUACUGUGAAUGUACUUUUAUAUUUAACAUCGACCAAAGUAGAAUGAAACUUGACAGGCUAACAAUUUAUGGGCAGUGUCAGGUGCAAUUUUUGAGCCACAUAGAACAUCUAAAAGGACCAAAUUGCACCCAUUUGGGAGGACAUUACACUUAAGAGGUUAAAAAAAUUAUAAUAAAGAAACGCACUUCAAAAAUGAACA